CAAACAAAAAUCUUUUUCUUAGAAAAGCAAAAAAGGAAAUCUCUCAUCAUCUUUGGCAACAAAACCAUUUUUGCUAUUACACUGUAAAAACAAACAAACGAACAAAGAAUCUCUCUCUCUCUGUCUCUCUAUGUAUACUCUGUCUAUCAGCCCAAUCCUGCCUCCAUUCAUCCAUUGAUCUUUUUAGUUCUUAUUAUUACAUAAUUAAAAAAAAUAUAUAAAACACUAACUUAUCUUCUUCAUAUUUAUUUUUGCCUCCUUUUCGUAUUCUACACUAUUUCUCUUUGUUUUUUCUUUUCUUUUUUCAAUCUUUGCAUGGUCUUCAUCUACAUAUUUUUUAAGAAUCCAUAGUGAUAAUAUCAAUAGUCUCUAGAAAUCUUUUUCGUGAAUUCUUGAUCUCUUCAAUGGAUCAAGUAACGACGCAAUCUUUUGAUUCUUGACUCUCUUUUGAGUGAAUGAGAGAUAAUGGGAUUAGAAUCUGCUGGUAGUUUCUUGAACUUCUCAAACAAACCUCAAUUUGAUUCUCAAAUUUGAUGGUUUGAUUGCUGAUCAUCAAUCUAAUUCUGGGUUCUUUUUUUUGUUCCGGUAUGAAGAAAUUGGGUAUAGAAGUUUGAUUACUGGGAAUUUUAGUUAUUGUUGUGUAGUCAAUGGAUGGGGUCAGUCCGAAUGAGGCCCAGGAAUUGAAUGGGCCAUCGGUUCCAUGGCGGCCGAGGCAGCUGGCAUUUGGACAAUACAGGCAGGAGAGUGAACCUGCCAACAAGGGACAAACUUUGCGUGUUGUCGUAAGAAGUCCUUUGGUUGCCAGACUAACCAAAGACAUAGUCAAAACGUAUCAAACAUGCAAUCCACAAUUCAAAUAUUCAGAAGAAUUAAAUCCAAAACGAUAUUUGACCAGCCCAUCAGCUGGAGUCCUCAAUGAUGGCCGUGAUAAUGUGAACUCGGAUCUUAUUCUGACUGUGAACUUUGCUUUGAUCAAUUUAGACACACAGAGAAGAUACAUAGUCAAAGAUGUUCUUGGUCAUGGGACCUUUGGGCAGGUUGCUAAAUGCUGGGUUGCAGAAACUAACAGUUUUGUUGCUCUGAAGAUAAUAAAAAAUCAACCAGCUUACUAUCAGCAAGCUCUGGUUGAAGUAUCUAUCUUGACAACGUUAAACAAGAAGUAUGAUCCUGAUGAUAAGCAUCACAUUGUUCGUAUUUAUGAUUACUUUGUAUACCAGCGGCACUUAUGCAUCUGUUUUGAACUUCUUGACACAAAUCUGUAUGAGCUUAUCAAGAUAAAUCAAUUUAGGGGGUUAUCAUUGAGCAUUGUCCAAUUGUUCUCUAAGCAGAUUUUAUGUGGAUUGGCUCUAUUAAAAGAUGCUGGGAUAAUCCAUUGUGAUCUGAAGCCAGAAAACAUUCUUCUGUGCACAAGGGUGAAACCAACAGGGAUUAAAAUAAUUGACUUUGGAUCAGCAUGCAUGGAAGAUCGCACUGUUUACUCCUACAUUCAGAGCCGUUACUAUAGAUCUCCUGAAGUUCUUCUAGGUUAUCAAUAUUCUACAGCUAUUGACAUGUGGUCCUUCGGGUGCAUAGUUGCAGAACUGUUUCUAGGAUUGCCACUUUUUCCUGGUGCUUCAGAAUUUGAUCUCUUGAGGAGAAUGAUUGAAAUACUCGGAGGACAACCCCCUGAUUAUGUUCUAAAAGCGGCAAAGAAUGCAAGAAAAUUCUUCAAGUGCAUUGGGAGUGUUCAUAAUUUAGAGAAUGGCGAAGUUUCCUUAGGAGGAAGAAGUGCAUACCAAGCAUUAAAAGUGGAAGAAUAUGAAUCUAUAGAGCUGAAAAAACCAUCGAUUGGGAAGGAGUAUUUCCAUCAUAUGAACCUUGAGGCAAUUGUUACAAACUAUCCUUACAGAAAGAAUUUGACUGAGGAAGAUAUUAAGAAAGAAAGUCAAAUUCGAUUAGCUUUGAUUGAUUUCUUGAGGGGACUUGUUGAGUUCGAUCCUGCAAAACGAUGGUCCCCUUUUCAGGCAUCAAAACACCCUUUUGUAACUGGGGAACCUUUCAUGUGCCCAUUCAAGCCUCCUCCAGAGACCCCUCGUAUACCUGUUGCCCAAAAUAUUAAGGUAGACCAUCACCCAGGUGGAGGGCAUUGGUUUGCUGCUGGUCUCUCUCCUAAUAAUCCUGGAAGGACCAGAGUUUCCUUGCAUAAUAGCCCUCAUUUCCAGGCAGUUCCAUAUGGUCAUGGUGCUAGUUAUGGUAGUGUUGGAAGCCAUGGUAGCUAUAAUGAUGGUAUUGGCCUUGGAAGCAGCUAUGGAAGCUAUGGAGAUAGCAGUAAUAUGUUUGCAUAUUAUUCACCAGUUGCUCCAUCUGGCAUGAACAUGCAUCCACAGGCUGGUCUGUCAAUGCUUGGAAAUAGUCCAGAUGCAAGAUGGAGGUUUAUGCAAUAUUCACAUGGAAAUGGUCUUGGUAUGAGUCCAUCUGCAGGAAAUUUUGCACCACUUCCCCUUGGAACCAGUCCUUCACAGUUUACUCCACCAAGCUCCUACAGUCAAGCUUCAGCUGGUUCUCCUGGACAUUAUGGUCCAACUUCCCCUGCAAGAAGCUGCAGUCAUGGAUCACCUUUAGGAAAAAUGGCUGCAGUCACACAAUUCAAUAGAAGAAAACGUUGGGGGUAUUCUGGAAGUUCUCAAUCUCAGGAGUGUACAUCUUUGUCAAAUUGGCAAGGACAAUCAUCUGAUGGUGCUUGCUCUAACCAAGCUGAGGGAAAUCCUCCAGUACCUGGUAGUUCACCCGCACAUUGGCAGUCAAGCUGGAUGCAGCAACAAGGAGGCAGUGGAAGUACAGCAUGUCCCUCAGCCAUUCAGAGCAUUCCAGGCCCGUUUAAGCCUGUUGCUAAUAUGAAAUGCCCUCAAAGUGCAGGGCCUAUUCAUGAUAAGCCCGAGACUAACCUUUCAUUGCCAGAUCCAGGGGAUUGGGAUCCUAAUUACAGCGAUGAACUUCUUCUGCAAGAGGAUGGUUCAGCUACGAGUUUCUUAAGCUCUGAGUUUAGCAGUAGCAUGCAUCUUGGUUCUGGUGAUCCAAUGGUAGGUGUUGGAAGAUCCAACCAUGCUUCAAAUGCGAGCUCAAGUGCAUUGAACCAAAGACAAAAUGGGCCUAUUCAUGCAUUUUCACAUGUUGACAUGGGCAGCCCUACUUCAGCUCAUGAUUUUCAUGCUGGAUAUGGCCGUUCAAUUUCAAAGCCUUCUUAUUUUACACCUCAUGUCUCACAAAAUUCUCCAAGCCGUUUAGGACAGCUGUUCAGUCAUGGAAGGCUUGCUGUUCGGGGUAGUGAAUGGAAUCCUAUUAUGGUCCAGCCCCCCUCUUCCAGCUUCAGUUCAGGGGGGCAACGUUCUCCAGGAAGCAGUUCAUUGAGCAACAGCAUGCCAUGGGGGCGUAGGGUCAAUUUCAAUAGCAUUCCAUCGCCAUCCCGAGGAAGAAAAGAUCUUGGAAGGAUUGCCUAGUUCUGUAUCAUCUAAAAUCUCCCUGCGAUGGUUUUGUCAUGGAGUGCUGGAAGAAAGUUGUGUGCAAUAGGUCACAUGCUUAGUGGGCUGUUGCUUUGAAAACCCUCAUCCGAGACAUGCUCAUUCAUUGUGCUUGCAUAAAAUAUGAUUGAUGAUUGUGGUUUUUUCUACUCUGAUCAUUAGACAUGCAAUCUUUAUUUUUCUUGGUUCCAACAAUUCCGUGGCCAUGAUACACGCCCCCUAUCUCAGGCUUUCAAACUUACGUGUUUUACUUGUGAUUGCAUUUUAUGCAUGUGAAGGAUUAAACUUAUCAUUGAAGUUCAACUUCAGCUUCUAGGCAGAAUUCAGCUGGGAGUCUGACGUCAAGUGUGUGACUGGAGUAUUGCAUAGGUCACAUAGUUGCCUCUUUAAUUUUCUUGUUCCAAUUGUAAAUUGAGUUUCAUUUACUUGAAUUGUUGUAGGCUGUAAUAUGAAGUUGGUGGUUUGUCAUUUUUUUUCUUAUCCCACCUUUUUAUUUAUUUAUUGUAUUUUAUGAUUUCCAGCUCACUGGCGGUAAACAGUUUGCCAUUGUUGGUGUAUAUUGGAUUUUUAAUAUAAGAUGAUGCUCAGGCUUUGUUUUACUUGACCAAAA